GACCUUGAUGACGUCAGUUGUCAAGGCAAUAUUUUCAAGAUGGCAAACCAACCUAAGCAUAAAGCUCCUGAAGGGAUGGAACCAUAUGAUUUAGAAGGGAAGAGUGAUCUUGGAGCCCUUAGCACCGAACAACAGGAAAAACUCAACCAAUUCAAGAUCAAGACUCGGGUUGAAAAUGAGAAAUAUCUCAGAGACCACCCAGAGGUAGAGUGUAUCUUGGCAGGCUUUCUUGGAGAGGCAUUAAUAAAAAGGCCAGAAGACAUUAGAGAAUUUGCUGCAGAAUAUUUCACCAGUGUUGAUCUCCCUGGGAAAGUACAGAAGCAGCUAGAAGACAGACAGGCAGUCCUAAAACAGAACCGCAUUCUUCAGAAAAUUUGAUUUACUAUAUGGGCACCCUCACAACGAUAUAUUUAUGUAGCAUUUACACAAAAACCAUUGCCGACUAUUGCCAUUGUCUUGUCUCACUGCAGUACUUCAUUCUAAGCGUGCAUCACAUUCUGUUUAUGUAAAAUAGUACCUUAAAUGUGUUACAUUCUGCAACAUGCUACACUGUCUUAAUAAUUGUUAUAGGCCUUUCAUCUAAACCAGUUUAUGAAAACUCCUUUAGAAUUACAGAGAAAUACAUUUCUAAAAGAUUAAUAAAAUAAUGGACUUGAUGCAUUGAAACGGUAAAGGAAAUAAGGAAAAUAAAAGGAGUGUAUAUAAAUUUGAGACCCUUGGGUGUGUGAUUUGAAAAACUUUCAGUAAAAGCUUUGAAGCAACAGUUGCACUAACAGUUUAUCUUUUAAGUCUUCUUCAAGAAAAGUAUUUAUCAGACAUACAUUUAUGCUGGAAAAACAAUUAUACUAAUCUUUAAGCUCUAUUAACACAUCUUUUAAAUUUAAAUCUAGUCUUUUUUGAUAAAAAUUUGUUUAAUGAUGAUGAGAAGAUUAUUUAUUAUUUGUUAUAAUUUGUGAUACAUUAGCUAUACUUUAUAAUUUGAACAAAUCCCUGUAUAGUAAUGAGUUCCUAAAAACUUGUGCGUUGAAUUUAAAAAAAAAUACUAUUAUGAAACGAGUAAACAUUAUAUGUAUAUCUAUUUCUUUUUAAUUUAUUAUAAAAAUUUAUCAGUUGACCUAACUGGUGUUGUGCCAUGGCCAUGCAUAAUGUCCCAGCUGGAAGUAACAUCAGCACCAGAGAGGAUGUUUAUUGUUCAUCUGUCUGACAGAUUCUGCUCUGGGAUUUAUUUGUUAAACUACCUCCUGUGCUUCAACCCAACCCGUCCAGACUGCUUGUGAAAAGUUUGAAACCUAUAAUGUUUACCUUUUACAAAUGUUUUGAUUUGAAAUGUAAUUUUAGAAGAAAUGUAUCUCUAUUUAACAGUCUUGCUAUCUUCCUAUAGAUCAGAGAUAGAAUUGAGGUAGAACAUUUAAAGUCAUUAGGUUUCAACUACAAAUGAUGUUUGCAUAUUUCAUGGACAUUUCUGUGUGAGUGUGUGUGUAAGAGAGAAGACAAGAUGAUGUGAUAUUUGUUUAUUUAUUUUGCGACCCUUUUAGAUUGGGUAAUACAUUAAAAUGGUAAGAAGUUCUAUGGAAGAAUAACAAAAAUAAAGCAUUUUACAAAUGUUUUACCAGUGCUCAAAGUAUUCAGCAUUUUAGUUUAGGUUCCCAGACUUUGUAAUGCAGAGGAAGUGACCUUGUACUUUGAAGCUUUUAAAAUUCAUAGAGUUAUGUGAUGCUGUCAAUCAGCGGUUGAGAUUUACAGAAUUGAGAAUGUACGUGGAAGAGCCGAAGCAUCACAUAUUACACAAUGUACAAAUCAGUAAGAGAAAGUAUUUCCCACAGUAGGACAGAAUAGAAACACUCUUUUUAGAUUUUAGUUGCUUUAUUGAUGAGGUUGUAAUGAUUGGGAGCGCUGUGCAGACCUUACUUCAUACACAUGCACCUCAGGAGAUUGUAUUCCCACUGGUGGUGUUGUCUGACAGGAUUUGAAGAUAUCAUUUUGCUAAGACUUGAUCCUUGAUUUUAAGCUGAACACAAGAAGAUUGAUGUGUAUGGCAUAUUGCUUAUUGUGAAAUUUUCCCAGGAAAUAUUGUAGUCUUUCUUGCAGCAGCCAUACAUGUGGGCACAUAACAGCAUACCUUAAUUAUUAAUUCACUAAAAUUAGCAUUAGUGUUUCCUGUCCUCUGUGUGUGUGUGUGUGUUUUCUGCUUCAAUAUGCAGCAAAUUGACUGUAAAAAUGAACUAUAGCAGAUUCAAAACUACUGCUGUCUUCGUUUUCUAAUCCUGUCUCGUCCCAAACCUUUCUGUUGUUACUCACAGCUGGUCUAACAGUGAAUUGAAUAUUUUGUCUGUGAUCAAUGCAAAAAGUCAGUUGGAUUUAAUGGCUUUUUCCUUAGUCUCUUUUCAGUUUAGGUCUGUUGUGAACAAUAUUUUGUCUGUUUAACAUUUACCUGCAAGGGUCACGUCCUAAUGUAUAAUGUCUGUGCAUGCAGAUGUAUACGAGAAAAUAAAAGCUUUAUACCUACUUCAAA